AUCCUCCUACACCAUUGGUACUCUCCUCAUUGCAUUUUCUUCAGCAGCCACUGCAAUAAUGUUGUAUCCAGCAUUGACAUUUAUCUCUGUUGGUGGGAUCCUUCUCAUUCUCACAAAUAUGCAGAUUGGGAAUCUGUUUGGAAAACAUCGGUCCAUCAUCAUUACCCUCUACAAUGGAGCCUUUGAUUCUUCCUCAGCUGUAUUUCUUAUCAUCAAGCUCCUGUAUGAGCAAGGCCUCUCCCUGGGAGCCAUGUUCUUCUUCAUGUCUGCCUGCAGUGCCUGGCACUUAGUUCGCACCUUUUUCCUGAUGCCCCGAUACCAUAUUCCUUAUCCACUGCCCCCAGGCUAUACAUAUGGGUAA